CUUCUUGCGGCCCCAUCGUUCCAAAGUUCUAGUAAAUUCCGCUUUCUUGUGUUGGUAUUGUCACCAUUUGACAUCUGUCAAUGCCAUAACCGAGAUGUUUGUGCCUUAUUUGUUGUUGUUAUUUUACGGUUAAAAAAUGUGUUAGUUGUAAGUAAAGCGAGAUUAUGUUAGAGAAAAUGUCUCCGUUUCGUAAAAAGAAGUCCGAGAAGAGUUUCCCCGUGAAAGUGUGCACUUUGGACGCCGAAUUGGAGUUCAAUUUACAAUGGCGAGCCACCGGCAGGGAUUUAUUCGAAUUGGUGUGUCGCACGAUCGGAUUGCGUGAGACGUGGUAUUUCGGUUUGCAAUAUGAGGAUUCCAAGGGGUUUAUCAAUUGGUUGAAAUUGGACAAGAAAGUGCAAGACCAGAGCAUUCAGAAAGACCCCCACAGUACUGUCUCCUUCAUGUUUUUCGCCAAGUUUUACCCCGAGGAAGUGGCCGAAGAGCUUGUGCAAGAAGUGACAAAACACUAUUUUUUUCUUCAAGUCAAGCAGGCGAUUCUCUCUAUGGACGUGUAUUGCCCCCCUGAGGCCUCCGUCUUGCUGGCCAGUUACGCGGUCCAAGCCAAGUUUGGAGACUUUGAUCUAGAUACGUACAAACCGGGAAUGUUAGCAAACGAGGAUUUGUUACCCCAGAGGGUCAUUGACCAGUAUCAAAUGACUCUAGAUAUGUGGGAGGAGAGGAUUAGAGUGUGGUAUUCGGACCAUAGGGGCAUGUCGCGAGACGAGGCCGAAAUGGAGUAUCUAAAAAUCGCACAAGAUUUGGACAUGUACGGUGUUAAUUAUUUUCCGAUAAUGAAUAAAAAAGAGACUGAGUUGUGGCUAGGUGUGACCCCACUUGGACUAAACAUCUACGAAAAGGAGAAUAAACUACAACCAAAAACAACAUUCACGUGGGCCGAAAUCCGACAUAUCAGUUUCGACGACAAGAAAUUCAUCAUUAAACCAGUUGAUAAAAAUUCCCCAAAUUUCGUCUUCUUUAGUCAAAAAGUCCGAAUGAAUAAAUUGAUCCUUGAUUUGUGCAUGGGUAACCAUGAUUUAUUCAUGAGACGUCGAAAACCCGACUCAAUGGAACUUCAGCAAAUGAAAGCCGCCGCCAAGGAAGAGAAACAACGACGUCAAAUCGAGCGAAAUCGUCUCGCCCGUGAAAAACAAUUGCGCGAAGAGGCGGAGCGUGAGAGAGCCAAUAUGGAACAACGCCUGCUCCAAUACCAGGAAGAAAUCCGAUUGGCUAAUGAAGCAUUGAAACGUUCCGAGGAAAGCGCUGAUUUGCUAGCGGAGAAAAGUCGCGUCGCUGAAGAAGAAGCAAUUCUUCUGAGUCAGAAAGCGGCCGAAGCCGAACAGGAAAUCACCCGUUUGCGUCUCAGUGCGAUGCGAAAAGAGGAAGAAAAAGUCACUUUGGAGCGAAAAACUCGCGAAGCUGAAUUAUUAACGGCUCGAUUAGUGGAGGAUUCGGAGCGAAGAGCAGCCGAAGCGAAUCGACUCAAAGAGGAAUUGUUGAGGGCGAGAGCCGCUGAGAAACAAGCCAAAGAGAAGUUGUUGGAUUUUUUAAGUCGGGGGUCUUAUUCGUCCUCGGCUACGAGUCCGAUUUCGUCCGUUUCGACGCUGUAUUCGGCCUCGUUGGGGGCGGAUUUGUCGCUUCUGGACGGCGAUUUGGGGACUUCCCCUGAGCUGAACCUCACACUCAACGGCUACGACUUGACCAACGCCGACACGGAUCAAUUAUCGCUUGAGAUAGAGAAGGAAAGAGGUUUGUGUUUGGAGAAACAGAAGCAUUUGCAACACCAAUUGCGCGAGCUUCGCACCGAAAUCGCGGUGUUGAAAGUGGCCGAAAAACAGACCGAAUUCGACCAAUUGCACAGCGAGCAGGUGAAACUCGGCGAAAACAAAUACUCGACGUUGAAAAAGAGCAAAUCUGGCUCGACGAAAUCCCGCGUGGCCUUCUUCGAAGAACUGUAAUUUUAUUUAAAAUAAAAUAAAUUUUAUUAUUUUCUA